AACAUCUUGAAUCCGAUAGGUAAUGGUACUCGGUACUCUGGUACGGAGCAAGUCCUGAAUUCGAUAUGUUUCAAUCAUUCAAGAAGUGGGUCAAAAAUGAUGAUGCACAACAAAAGGUUGCGCCACCAUCUGGCAUGCAAAUGAUGAAGGGUGAUCUGCAGAGAAAAUUCGCUAAGGGCGUACAAUAUAAUUUGAAAAUUGUCAUUCGAGGGGAAAGAAAUACAGGAAAAACAUGUUUAUGGCACAGGCUAAGGGGACUCAAAUUUGUUGAAGAAUAUUUACCAACUGCAGAGAUCCAAGUUGCAUCGAUACAGUGGGAUUACAAAGCUACAGAUGAUGUUGUUAAAGUGGAUGUCUGGGAUGUUGUUGAUCAAGGAAAAUCCAAGAGAAAAGAAUCGAAAGGAUUGAAGUUGAGUAACGAAGAAGAUGAGGAAGAUCCAGCACUCGAUGCAAGUUUUCUUGAUGUUUACAAGCAUACCCAUGCUGUUAUAAUGACAUUUGACAUCACUAAAAGAUGGACUUUUGCUUAUAUAGAGAAGGAACUGCCAAAGGUACCAAAUCAUAUUCCAGUAUUAGUCUUGGCUAAUUUUCGAGAUAUGGGACAUCACAGAGUUAUAACAAUUUACGAAAUUGAGGUUCUAAUAGAGUCGCUUGACAGGCCUCAUGGUUCUGCAUCGGUGAUGUUUUAUGAAAGUUCAAUGAGGAAUGGGUUUGGUCUCAAAUAUGUUCACAAGUUUUUUAACAUGCCUUUCUUAUUAGUUCAGCGUGAAAGUUUGUUGAAGCAACUCGAAACAAAUCAUCUAGAUUUAGAAUCUUGUAUUGAGGAAUUGAGCACAGAAGAACAUGGAUAUGACAUGUUUGUACAAAGGUUAGGUGACAUAAAAGCUAAAGUUCAAUCAAUGCCGUCGACCCCAACAGAACCUGGUACAAGUAAUGAGAAACUACCUGCCAAUAGCAAAGAGGAAUCAUCAACACCAAAGAAUCAAUCUCAACCACCACAACAAGCGCCUUCUCCAUCCAUAAAGCCCGUUCAAGAGAAUGUUAAUGCAGCAAAAAAUGAUAGUCCUGGUCCUUCUGGGGAUAGUGGAUUAUUCUCCCCUUCACAAAUGGAAAGUCAAACUCCAUCACAAGUUCAAACAAAAGAAGUUGCUGAGAAGAAAGGAUUUAUGUCUCGAUUUUUUAGACGAUCGUCAGCUGACCCAACACCUCCACAAACAAACAAUAUUGCUGCCCAGGAAGUAGAAGUGAAAGACGUCAGGAAAGAAGAACAAAAAGUAACAAAUGUAGAGGAGUUCAUCCCAGAUGAUGAUUCUGUUGAUGAUUUCUUAAAUGAAAUACCUGAAGCAACAAAAGUGAAAAAUGAUCAUCUUGUGGUCAGCAGUGAUGAAGAUGCAGGAAACCCAAUGGUUGCUGGAUUCCAGGAGGAACUAGAUUCCGAGGACGAUGUUACUGUUCCUUAUAGACAGACAGCCUACAUAAGUUCUGACAGUGAUACAGACACUUUUAAACCAACGAAACAACAACAAAAUAAUAUUGCAAAUCAAUUGCCAAAAGUUACUGAUGAAGUUCAUGAACAAAAACCUCAGAAAAAACAAUUAACAAAAGUGAAAUCUGAUAGUAGUUCUGAAGAGUCAGUUCAUCAUGAGAUAACAGCGGAUGUUGAUAUCAGUAGCGAUGAAAAUAUUGAUAAUUAUGUUAAAGAUAAAGAUGAUUAUUUAUCACCUGCAAGUGAUCAAAAUUUGCCAUCAAUAUCGAACCAGACUUCAAUAGAAACACACAAUGAGAAUACGGUAUCACAGACUUCCAACAGUCUUCCUUCCCAUGACGAAGCACCCCGUCACCCGCCUGUUGCAAUUAUUGCUCCUUUACAAGCCGAAGAUGAUGAAUGUUCUAAUGAAGAAGAUGAAAUAGAAGACAAGAAUCAAAGUUUGGGAAUUCAAUUAAACUCUGCUGAUUUGGAUUUCUUAGAAGGAUCUGCCUCCCAAGGUGUUAGUGAACCAGCUAAAGAAGAAAGGAGACACAAAUCUAAAAAGUCCUCAAGAAGAAGUGAGGGAGACUCUUCUUCAAAAAGACGUAGCGAAAAAUCUCACUCAAAAAAUGAGGAAAAAAAACAUAGAACAAAAUCAAAACAAGACAGUUCACAAAAUAAUAGCGAAACAAAAGAUCGGAGGAAAAAAAAGAAAUCGAAAAAACCUGAACCAUCUGCAACCUCUGGUGUUGUUGACGAUGAUCUAGAAGCGUUUCUGAAUGCAUAAAGCGUUCUACUGUUACUUGAUAUCCACUGCGUAUUCUUCAAUGUAGCUUUUCAGCAAAAUUGGGGGAUGGUAUUGUUUAUGUUCUGGUCAUAACUUUAACACAAGUUUAAUCAUAAUCUAGUGAAGAAUAAAAUGUCAUUUUAAAAAUUUUGUACCAAUAUUUACAGAUGAUUUUCCCAUUUUCUUCCUUUAUGUUAACUUUCAUCUGACCUGUAACUAUAACCUUUUUCAAAAAAUUAUAUCCAAAAUUGUGAUACAUAUUGUUCAGGCCACUCAAAUAACUAGCCCAUCUUAAAAAUGUGCAGGAUUUGAGGUUUUCCGACUUGCUGAAAUAUGCAAAUAUAUUAUAUUUGUGUCAAAAACUCAGUUCUCUCAUGGACCGUGUGCACAGGCUCUGUUAUUGGACAUAGCGAUCGUUUCAAUAUUAUGUUGUUGUUCUUGUUCUUUGACACGUUUUUGAAAAGUCGCUUUUCUCUUUGAUUACUGGACCAAUUGCUUUGAAAUUUUCAGUGGUUAAAGAUAAAAAAUUUUUUCAGAAGGCUAUUAGUUUUUGUUGUUGCUAUGACGUCAUCAAAAUUAUUGCCAUUAGGUGGCGCUACGUGUCCAUAUAUUUGAGCGUAGCUCUCUUGUUUUCAUUAUCAAGGUCAAGGUGCAAAAGUAGAACUCAAUUAUUUUGCAUUUACUCUCUAAUUUUUUUAUAAGGCUUUUUGUACCUCUGCUCUCAGCAAGGUUCUAGAAAAGCAACCACUCAUACACAACAAGGUACUUUCUUAUUUGACAUUACCCAAUUUUAUUGCACCCUGGGUGAGUUAGUUGGUGCGAAAGAACUAGAAGAAAAGUUUUUAAAAUUGUUGAACAAAAUCCCAAUUUUUAUUCUUGUAAAUUUAUUUAUUUAUAAUAGGGUUUCAAGAUAGACCAAAUACAUUGCUAUAGUUGACUAUUGGUUGGUAUUUUUGUGUUCUAAUUUUCCAUGAAGUCUGGGAUUUUCAUUCAAGUUUUGUGCAAUGGGGCUCACUGCAUGUAAUUUUCAUGUCCCAUAUUUAUGAAUGGUUCAAAUGAUUAUGUAUAUCACUGUACUUCUUUAUAUGUAUCAAUAUUAUUUCUAGGAUAUAGGCUCCGGUAAA